UUGGGUGUGGCUGUAUUGAUUUUCUUGGAAGGUUCUAGGUCUAGUGUUAGAAUACGUCCUACUAACUGCACUUUACCUAUGCAUAGUUCACUUGCACAGUCAAAACGCAGCGCAUUCCCUGCUCCUUCAGACGAUGACUCUGAUUUUGAUGAUGAUGAGGACCCAGACAACUUGGAAGUGCCAGGUGGAGGUAAGACAUUGGCAGCAGCAGCGAGGAUGGGCAACAAAGCAAAGGUGCUUCAACCUGUCACGGUGAAAGCUACAACUAACCCACUAGCUGCGCCAUCUGGUGUGGCGUUCGGUCAAGCUGCAAAUAUUAAGCCCAUCAAGAUAUCAGCGAAUUCCCUCAAGAAGCCCAUCAGUUUACUUGGAUUGGGAGCCGGUGCGAGCUCCUCUGUACCGGUGAUGCAACAUUCACGUAAUCACAUGGAUGGUGCUGGAAUGACUAGCAUGAAUUCGUUCCUUCUCCAGAACUUGAACGAUUUUCUGAAUUCAGGCAUAAAUGGCGUAUUGGGUGGGUCUCUAGGCGGAGUGUUGGGAGGUUCGUUGGGUGGUUCGAUGGGUGGCUCAAUGGGAGGCCCGAUGGGAGGUUCGCUGGGAGGUUCGUUGGGAAGCUCAUUAGGAAGUUCAUUGGGUGUCCCCCCUUCCCUGGCCGGGAUGCUGGUUCAGGUGGCGCAACUGCAAGGCGGUGACAAGGGUGGAUGGAAUCAGGUUAAGCUGCCCGGGGAGGAGGAGGAGGUGGACGACGAGGAGAUGGGCGUGGCGGAGACCUACGCUGACUACAUGCCGACCAAACUGAAGCUGGGUCGUAAGCACCCCGACCCGGUGGUGGAGACGGCGUCCCUGUCGUCCGUGGAGCCGGUGGACGUGACGUACAGCCUCAGCCUGCCGGACGACACCAUCCGCUCCGGCCUGUUGUCCGCCCUACAGCUGGAGGCCGUGGUGUACGCCAGCCAGGCCCACGAGCACACACUACCAGACGGCACCAGGGCCGGGUUUCUCAUCGGUGACGGCGCGGGAGUGGGAAAAGGUCGUACCAUAGCUGGCAUAAUCUUUGAAAACUAUCUGAAAGGUCGGAAACGUGCCGUUUGGAUAUCUGUAUCAAACGACCUCAAGUACGACGCCGAAAGGGACCUUAGAGACAUCGGAGCAUCUAAGAUCGAAGUACAUCCUUUGAACAAGUUCAAGUACGCGAAGAUCUCGUCAGCUAUCAAUGGUAAUGUAAAGAAGGGCGUCGUGUUCAGUACGUAUUCAGCUUUAAUAGGCGAGACUCAGGCCAAUACUAAAUAUCGCACCAGACUGAAGCAGCUCUUACAGUGGUGUGGCGAGGACUUUGAUGGAGUCAUUGUAUUCGACGAAUGUCAUAAAGCUAAGAAUCUAUGUCCCGUGGGAUCCGGUAAAGCGACCAAGACUGGCUUGACAGCGUUGGAGUUACAGAAUAAGCUGCCCAAGGCUAGGGUCGUGUAUGCGUCUGCUACAGGCGCAUCAGAGCCUAGGAACAUGGCGUAUAUGGUUAGAUUGGGCAUAUGGGGCGAGGGUACACCAUUCCCAACGUUCAUGGAUUUCAUCAAUGCUGUGGAAAAGAGAGGCGUGGGUGCCAUGGAGAUUGUAGCUAUGGACAUGAAGCUGAGAGGCAUGUACAUCGCUCGCCAGUUGUCCUUCCACGGGGUAUCCUUCAAGAUCGAGGAGGUGCCGCUUUCUGACUCUUUCAGGGAGACUUACGACAAAGCUGUAGCACUGUGGGUGGAGGCUAUGCAGCGGUUCACUGAGGCUGCUGAACUGAUCGAUGCUGAGCCCCGCAUGAGGAAGACCAUGUGGGGCCAGUUCUGGUCGGCUCACCAGCGUUUCUUCAAGUAUCUGUGUAUCGCCGCCAAAGUCAACCAGGCGGUAGUGACGGCACGCGAGGCUGUCAAGUGUGGCAAGUGUGUUGUGAUCGGUCUACAAUCAACCGGAGAGGCCAGGACUUUGGACCAGCUAGAGAGAGACGAUGGGGAGCUAUCUGAUUUCGUCUCCACAGCUAAGGGUGUAUUUCAAACGCUGGUAGAGAAACAUUUCCCGGCUCCGGACCGCGAGCGCAUCAACCGACUCUUGGGGCUGGAGAAAAACAAGACCAUCGCACCUCCCCCGCCAACAGUCAACGGAAAGAACGGACUUGGAGAUAGUAAUUCUAAAAGGAAAUUAUCAGCAAGACAACAAGUCAAUAUAGAGGCGAAGCGUCUUCGAGGCAGGUCGUCUUCGGAUGAGUUCGUUCGUUCAGACGGCGAGGAGGACGGCGAAGGAGAGGAACACUCCGAAGACGAUCAGCGGUCAGACUCUGAGCUCAGUGACUUUAACCCGUUCAAAGCGGGCAGCGAUAGCGACGAUGAUCCGUGGAUUGGCAGAAAGAAGAAAGUUCCAAAGAAGAAAAAGGCAGUGAAGAAGAAAACUGCUAGUACACAGGACAAGAUUGAAACUAUGUUCGAACGUAAGACGCAGCCAGUGACUGUGAACUCGGGAGGGAAGACUCUCAUCGGCACUCCGGUGGGGACUAACGGGCUCUAUCUUGGUCCGGGUCGCGGCGCUCCACCAGCCAGAUCGGCUAUCGAACGAGCGUGCAGCAUGAAGGAGCAACUGCUGGCGGCUGUAGAGAGGCUUGGACGCCGCCUGCCGCCUAAUACACUCGAUCAGCUGGUUGACGAACUGGGCGGCACGGACAAUGUGGCUGAGAUGACGGGUAGGAAAGGUCGCGUGGUGCAAACGGAGGACGGACAGAUCCUGUACGAGAGUCGGUCGGAGGCUGAUGUGCCUCUGGAGACACUCAACCUGACGGAGAAGCAGCGGUUCAUGGACGGGGAGAAAGACGUCGCCAUCAUCUCUGAAGCAGCCUCCAGUGGUAUAUCGCUGCAGAGCGAUCGAAGAGCCCGCAAUCAGAGGCGAAGGGUCCACAUCACGUUGGAGUUGCCGUGGUCAGCUGAUCGAGCGAUACAACAGUUUGGUCGAACACACAGAUCGAACCAGGUAAACGCGCCGGAGUAUAUCUUUCUUAUCUCGGAUCUGGCUGGUGAGCGACGGUUCGCUUCAACUGUCGCGAAGAGGCUGGAGUCACUUGGAGCGCUCACACACGGUGACAGACGAGCCACUGAAACUAGGGACCUCAGCCAGUUCAAUAUAGACAAUAAAUAUGGUCGUACGGCACUGGAGGCCGUGAUGAAGGCGAUCAUGAAGUACGAGCCGCCGCUGGUGCCCCCGCCGCGGGAUUACUCUGGAGACUUCUUCCAAGACGUCGCCUCCGCUCUCGUCGGCGUUGGACUCAUUGUGAACAGUGAAGCAGCGCCAGGGUUGCUGUCUCUUGACAAGGACUAUAACAACAUGUCAAAGUUUCUGAAUAGGAUCCUGGGAAUGCCUGUGGAACUGCAGAACAGAUUAUUCAAAUACUUUACUGACACACUCACCGCCGUCAUGGAGCAGGCGAAGCGCAGCGGCCGCUUCGAUCUCGGUAUCCUGGAUCUCGGCAGUGCCGGUGAAUGUGUACGUCGUGUGCGGUGUGUAAGAUUCCUGAGAAGACAUGCAACAGGACAGGCCCCAGUCGAGUUACACACCGUGCAAUCAGAACGAGGCAUGGAAUGGACUGAGGCCCUGGACAAGUUUUCUCAGGCGCAGUCUCAGUCUAUGACAGAGAAGGCCGAGGAGGGCUUCUACGUGUCGGCCGCGCGCGGCGGGAAGGCCUCCGCAGUCCUGUGCCUGGCUGCGACCGCGCCUCGUGACCGACGAGAACGCGCGGACCGUGUCGCCAAGAAAGAUCGCAUGUUCCACGUGUAUAGACCCAACACCGGACUACAGCUGCGGCUGGAGUCACUCACGGAGAUCGAGAAGAAGUACCGCAAGGUGACGCCGGAGGAAGCUGAGGCCGCGUGGCGUGCGCAGCACGGGGCCUCGUUACGGGUGUGCGCGCACGCAUACUGGCGCAGCACGUGCAGGGCGCGCGACACCUGCGAGGUAGGGUUGCGCGUGCGCACGCAUCACGUGCUGGCUGGCUCGCUGUUGGCUGUGUGGGCCCGUGUAGAAGCGGCGCUGGCUGCACGCGCUGCCACCUCCAAGAUGCAGGUGGUACGCCUCAAAACGGACGACGGUUUAAAAAUUGUUGGUACACUCAUCCCCAAAAAUUGUGUGGAGAUUCUCAAGGAGACGUUGUCGUCGGACGCGGUGUCGGUGACGGAGCAGUCGUUCGACACGACGGACUCGCUCCAGGUAUGA